AUGAAGCAACAAACCAGGAGUAUUUGGGAGUAUAACUGCGUCAGGACUGCCAAUUUGAGGAACUUGCAUGGGCCAUGUAAUAUAUUAAUAGCACUCAAUGCUUUCGGCGAUAUAUUUCGUCAGCUGGCGCACAUUCCAUUGGCCUAUUAUACUUUUACGGGUAACACGUAUGCGCCGCUGAAGACGUGUUUAAUAAUUCAAUUCGUUCCCAAUUUCUUCAUGAAUUUUUCUAUGUUCUUGUUGCUAAUGAUUGGUAUCGAUCGAUUUAUUUCUAUCAAAUGUUUGCUUUCUUUCCUGGACUGUUCAGUGCUUUUGCCACUAAAAAUACUAAGAGAGCCCAAACAUUACCAGGCUUUCACGUGCCGGACGCAUCUACUUUGA